AUGCGUUCCAGUCCAAUCUGUCCACCAUCGAGAUCAGAAACUCCUGGUUGUACUCGUGUUCCUGUAGUUCCAGCUCGCACUCGUCUUCGUGUCCAGCUGUCGAUUUAUGUUGGCCACGUCGCUGCGAUGGCCGACAGAGUACGGCUGCAUCUUGUAAACCGUGCUUCUGCCCACGGACGACGAGUCUCUGUUGUCGAACGCGCGACUCAGCAACGAGGGAAGCUCUUCUGUCUCUUUAGGCACGGCAAGGUUGCAAUGGUCCAAAUACACAGGAACUCCAAUACAGUCGGUGAGCUCGUCGGGAGUGGAAGGCACGGGCAAUUCGAUCUGCUGCGCAAUCGACAGCGGCUGUGGCUUGAUGUUGGCGAGCAGUCCUGGCUGCAAGAAACUGAUUCGCUCCAUUGGACGUUGGUGUUUCAUGUAACUGACGAGCGAGUCGUACUCGGCGAGCGAAACUUCGGGAGGCAGUUCGUCGCGACGAACGUCGAUGCGUGUGGUGUAUUCCUGGAUGAUCGGAGGCACUUUGAAAUAUUUCAGGAAAAGAGCCUGAAAAUUGACAAUUUAAUGGUUUUGCAUUUGUACGGAUCUGCUGUUGUUAGCGGGGUGACGGGGUUGAAGCCGGCGGAGACCCCGCCUUUUGAGUAUACGUUCCGGAUCCAGUGCACAGGGUGCCGCGAAAAGCACGACAAGGACGUGAGCAUCAAUCUGUUUGAGAAGCACGAGAUCCAGGGCAGUCGCGGGGAGGCCAAUUUUGUGUUCAAGUGCAACUUUUGCGGAAAGCACUCGAACGUGGAGAUUUCGCUGCCGAAGAAGUACACGGGGAUCACACCAGAAACCCCCCGUGCGGUUUUUCUGGACAUUGAGGCACGGGGUGUGGAUUUGGUGGAGUUUGUUCCUGUUGGCCAUUUUGAGUGCCAAAGCGAGCAGGGAACCAAGUUCCAGGAGGUCGACUUGAGUGAAGGCGAGUGGUACGACUACGACGAUAACGCGGGCGAAGAGGUGAGCGUGACGGAAAUUGUUUGGGAGAUUGCCAAGAAACGAGGUCUUGGCGCUCGAGGCGGCGACUGCGCUGGCAUCGGAAAUAUCCGACUCCAGGCCCUGCGAGAUGCCAGACUCGGUGGCAUAGACGUCGACACCGGACUCGGUAGCAGAGUAUCCAUCGUCCCAGAAGGUGGACCAGUUGAUGUUGUCGGUGGAGUAGGAUCCGGUGAGGCUGACCGAGAAUUCGGAGCCGGUGUUAGUUGCAGGUCUUCGUCGUCGACGAUGGCCGUCAAGGCUUCCAACUGGGAAACAUACGAGGUGUACUGGUCUGGGUAUGCCAGGGCGUCGAUCUCGAGUGCCUGGGCGAGGUCAAUGACUGCGUCCAGUGCAGCUCCCGUGGCAGCAGGGUUUUUUUCGAAUUCUCCAAUGAGACUGGAGAUGAGGGAAGCGUCGGUGGUUUCUGCAACGGCGACGCUGGCGGCGGCUAGCAGAGAGACAAGGUUGGAGGAGAACUUCAUUUUGCAGGGUCAGGGGAGCAGGUUGUGGACGCACGGGCUCGCCGUUACCGCUCGAGCUGCUGAUGGUGGUGUUUCGGUUUCUGGACCCGAGCUCGCUCAAGAACCUCUCCCUCGUGUGCAAGACCUGGUACCGGCUGUCGAAGGACAACUCGAUGUGGAUGCAAAUUUUCAGACAGAGACUUUGGUGAAAAACUGGAAAAAGGGCAAGGGCGUGCACAACAUCUACAAUCUCGAAGAUCUGUUCUACACAACGGACAUCCAAUGCGAUUUCCACACCAGCCGGCUUCUUUCGCUCAACAAGAACACAGGAAACCUUGUCACGUGCAACCUCAACAACGGCGCGAACGUGGACACACAGCACUCGACGAUUCCAAGCGGCACCACCGCGUACGCCCUGGGCCAGCACAGCAUCGUGUUUGGCCGCUGGGACAGCAAGGUUUACGGGUCGCUGGUGAACCACAAGAACAUCCUGCUGCCGGGCGUGAAGGAGUACCGUGGCACGGGCCAUCGUGGGAUGGUCACGAGCGUUCAUGUGAACGUUUCCGAGCUUGGCAAGGAGGGCAAGAUCGGGGCUCUUACUGGAGACGAGAACGGCAACCUUGUGGGCUGGGACGUGAAGAAAGGCGUUCAGACGGCGGUUUGUCAUGUUUGCGACGGGUCGAUUGCCAAGAUCAAGUCGAAUUACAAAGACGUGGUGGUUGUUCUGGACGGUGACGGAGCAAUCUACAUCAUCCGCAAUCUGUUUAGUGUCUUCGAAAGCACGCCGCAGGUCGACAAGCUGGACGUUUCGCUGGACCUGGACCCGAACCACCUGGUGUCGCUGAAAGUGUACGUGGACUACGGCGACUGCAACGUGAUUCUGAUUGACGAGAACCGGCUGGAGAUCGUUUCGUACCGCGACCGGCUCGUUCGCCGACUGUCCACGGUGGAGCCGAUCUACCGCGCGAGCCUCGAGCAGAACUCCGUCGCGACGACGAAACGCGACGUCGACCUGGUCGGGUCGGACCCGCUGCUGCUCGCGCUGCUGCUGCGGUCGGGCAAAGUGCUCGUGGUGAACGUGCGCUCGUACGAGUACGAGAUCCGGCCGCUGCUGGAGUUUGUGCCGAAACUCGCGUUCGAGGACGACGACUACCAGCGCGUGGUGCACACCAACGCCAACUUCGACCUGCCCGCGCUGUCGGAGGUCGCGGUCAACUCGCUCGUGCUGGCCGUCGGCUCGUACAACGGCAAGGUGGAGCUCUACGACGUGAACACGGGCGAGUUUUUCCGCAAGAUCGCCGUGAAACCCAACACGAAACUGCUCCAGCUCAUGGGCAACCAGCUGCUGGGCAUCUUCAACAUCACGCUCCACCAGAACCUUUCUGCCGGGAUCAUCUCGUACGGGUCUGUGGUGCACUUCUUCAAAUUUGGCGACUUCUACAAAGACCUUGAGUCCAAGCGCAAGAAAAAGAACUUCAAGGAACGCAAGUACAGCAACAACCAUCUCAAGGAGGCCAUCAAGGACUACGAGUUCGACCAGGACGAGCACGUCGAAACACUCUCGCGGAUCGACAAGUACAACGGCAGCCAGCUCGAGGACUCUGACGAAGAGCUCCAAAUGGCUCUCGCGCUCAGCAUGUCGCUCAACAACAGCACCGCCAACGUCGACUCCGAGGACGAAGAACUACAACGGGCCAUAGAACUGUCCAAACAACUAGAAUAA